ACUUCCGUGUAUGGCGACGUCGACGAGGGAACAUUUCAAGGUGUCUGUCAUCCUUGAAUGAUUAGCCUGCUUGUGGAAACAACUAAGUGAGAAUCUGCACCAUGGAGGAUGGGCAGGUGUCCCAGCCUCACUCUGAUCAUGGCUACAGCUGUGGAGACCCUUCCUCAACUGCAUCCCCACAGAUCAAGAUGCCUUUUCUGGAGAAGCUGCUACAGCUGCGAGAAAAGCAGUUGUACUGUGACCUGGUGAUUGAAGUAAAAGCAGUCAAGUUUUACUGCCACCGGGCUGUAGUAGCUUCCUGGAGCCCCUAUAUACACAGCAUGCUCAACAUGAAGAACAUCGAGAGAGAGGUCAUCAAGAUCAAUUUCAACAAUGUCAAUGUCUUCGCUGCAGUGCUGGACUACAUGUACACUACUGCCCUUGACCUCCGAGAAGUAAAUUUGAUCCAAGUGUUGCAUUUGGCAACCAGUUUCCAGGUCCAGCCACUGCGGGAUAUGUGCGAGGGAUCACUGCGCUGCAACCUUCAUGUUGGCAAUAUCAUCAGUACGUUCCAAUUGGCACGCAAGUUCCAGCUCUCUGGCUUGGAGGACUACUCUCUGACCUAUCUUCAGAUGCAUCUACCUGAAGCCGUUAAACAGAAUGAUUUCCUUAAUCUAAGUGCUGUGCGCUUCAACACUUUCUUGUCAAGUGGGUAUGUGAUAAACUUGAAGCCAGAGGUGAAACUGUUCCUCAUUAUCAGCUGGCUUGGCUAUGAUGUGAAAGAGAGGGAACAGUAUUUUGUGGUGCUACUUGGUCACAUAGAUUGGUCCACUGUAGCAAAUGACUUCCUAAUGGAGAUAAGUCAAACUGAGAACUUCUUCACCACCAACGAGUCCAGUUUGUACCUCCUUCUUCAGACACUCCACAGCUCUGGGAUAUCGUUGGGACCAUACACCAAUGCCUUCAGUGACCUCCGUAGCAAGUACUCCUACCUCCUGUCCCAAGUUGUACAGAGCAGUAUUUGGAAGACAGCACCUGAAGUGUUCUCUCCGGUGACUGUGUGUCUGGUACCCCAGCAGCAGGGGGCACGGCCAAAACCUGUCAAUGCAGGCCUCUCAAAUGUGGCUGUGCAGACAGAUAAUGACUCUGGUCCUAAGCUGCAGCAGCAGGUGAAUAGUCAAAUGCUUUAUGUCACAGAUAUGUCAGAGGAGGACAGGCACUUGGUGCUGAAGUCAGAGGAAGGAUCUGUACCUGAAGCUAUUCAGCAGACAUCGGCUUUGACAAGAUCAAGCAGUGAUUUACCGAAACGGAAAUCCAGUGGGCGUAAGAGUUCCAAACCAAAGAAAAUUCCAAGGACGAAAAAAAGACUGACCAAAGGUUUGAAGAGAUCUAGGAGACGAAAAGCAUCCUUGAGAGGGCUUGAAGAAGAACCUGAUACUGUGACAAGGAGAGAAUCUACCAGGGUUCCUAAACCUGUUGUGUAUGAUGAGUUUGAUAAUGGUGAUGAAGUUAAUGAUGAUGAGGACAAUACAGUGGAAGAGCCAGAAGAAUUGCUGGGAGAUGAUGAAAAUGAUCCUGACUUCACUGCAAGAGGAAAACAAGAUGGGGCUUUGUCUCCCAGUCGUGAAUGUGAUGGGGAAAAUGAAGAAGAGUCCAACUUCCACAAAUUAGCUCAGGCACUACAUCUGCAGCAACAAGAUGAUGAAGAAGAGGAGGAGGAAGAAGAUGAGGAAGAGGAGAAUCAUGGAUAUUCGGGUCAGCAAAGGAAGCGAAAACGAGGACGUCCAAAGAAGGGCACAGAACCUAUUAAACCAAAAUGUGAAAAGUGUUCUUAUAUUGGCAAAAAUGAACAAGCACUAAGAAAUCAUAUGAGAAGGAUUCAUGAGGAAGGUUUAGCAUUUAAGUGUGCAAUGUGCCCUUUUGAGUGUCAGUGGAGCAAGGAAUACUAUACCCACUGUAAGGAACAUUAUGGGGAACCGCCCUACCAUUGUGACUUUGAAGAUUGUAAUCAGAUAUUUGAUAAGAUCCAUCUGCUGUUGAAUCACAAGGACAGGCACACCGAUGAAAGGAGAUGGGCAUGUGAUCAAUGCCCUGCUCGGUUUCGGGCAAGGAACAAUCUUACCUCACACAAGCGAUCUCACACAGGUGAGAAGCCAUUUGAGUGUAACAUCUGUCAUCGAAGCUUCGCCACAAAGAAUACAAUGAACCAGCAUAAAGUGACACACAGCGAUGACCGCCCAUACUUGUGUGACACGUGUGGCUUUGCUACGAAGUACCAGUCUCACCUCAUAGCACAUCGGCGGAUACACUCAGGUGAUGUUUACCACUGUCACUUCCCCCAGUGUACCUAUGUUACCCCCAAAAGAAGUCAGCUGAAAGCACACAUGCGUUCACAUCUCGGCAUUAGGCGACAUGUCUGUCCGACUUGCGGCAAGGCAUUCGUGGAAAAAAGUCAUCUAGUAAGACAUGAGAGAAUCCACCUUGACCAAAAGCCAUUCAAGUGUAAUGAAUGUGACUAUAAUUCUGCCAGGAUUGACAAACUGAAAGAUCAUAUUCUCCGACACCAUGGGUCAAACAGCCCAGAAAAGUCCAAGUACCCAACUGUGCGGCGACCUCGUAAACCAAAAUCCAGUGCCUGGCCUGUGAACGUUGUGCCUCUUCCUCAUCCCCCACUUGCAGACCAAACAGAGGAUCCUGCAAACCCCAUGAAACAGAAUCCUCAGCCCCUUGUGUUGUCAGAACAUGGUUAUGUGAGAAUGACUGCUCCAACUGAAGAUGGUUCCCAAGUCCAACAUGGACGACAUCCGGGUCCAGUGCUGGACAUUCCACCAGGUCUGAGUAGUCAGCAGCAAAGUAUGACAGCACAUGUCCACCAGCAGGCAGCCAUGUUACACCCACCUCCCCCCUCCAAGUGGCCAGCACCCCCCAGCUAUAUCCUCUCAGUCUCCGGCCCCACCUCACAUGCAGGUUCUUCCCACUAUAGAAUCUGUGUCAGGUGCACCAAUGACAUCCUAUGUUGUACCAAGCACCUCCUCUGUACUUGUCUCAUCACAUCAGCAUCAGCAGCACCCUCAUCAACAUCAACAACACCAGCAUCAACAACAACAUCAGCAGCAGCAGCAACAACAACAACCUGACUAUGGAGGUCUAGGAGCUUUCAUGGCUCUCUUCUGAUCAUGAUGUUCAUGGGACUUUCUUCCAGCUACAGGACACAAGACAGGAGAUUGUCUAGAGCUUCCUCAAGCUGUUGUUCAUACAUUGUUAGGGUUAGGGUGGCAGGUAUCUUUUCUUGUUGACAAUGGUUACCAUGUUUAUUAUGCCUUGGCCCACCAUGACUGAUGAGCAUUUGAAUGGAAUGGGGUUUUUUUUUUACAUGAAAUUACUGAAAGGGCAAGGGUAUUGAGAUGCAAUUUGUUACAUUGGGUUGUUUUUUUCCAAAACAUUAUUCAUGUACCUUUAUAUGUUUUUAACUUCAUGUUAUCUGGGACCAGCAUUCAGUUGAUAGGUGUAGAUCAUGAUUAUUACAGAUGAGGUACUGGCAAUGCUAGAUCAUACCUUCCUUAUGCAAAGUUCAUACCACAUGCAUACACCUAUAUUUGCUUCUUUUACAUAUGUAGACAAGCAAACAGACCAAUAUUACUUUGAGCAGAGAAAAGGAGGAAACAGUUUUUGAUCAUAUUCAUACUGUUGUUAGCUGAUGGAUGUUAUAGCGCAAACAUAUCAUGUUAAAUGAACUAAUAUCUGUGAAGUACAUUAGAUAAAAUAUUACUGUUAUUAUUACUGUCCUGAGGAGAAUCAAGCUUCCAGUUAUCAUCUAUCACUUCAAAUGACACCGGACUGAAAUACUGUCCCAGUUUUUCUCUGCUGUCAACAAUCAUAAGAACCAUUCCACAACUGGAUAUAUAGUUCAUCCUUUUAAAUGUUGACAACUUGAUCAUUCUGCAAAGUGGUUCAGGAAACGGAGGAUUAAUCUCUGUG